AUGGAAGCCUUGACCUUUGAGGAUGUGGCUGUGAACUUCACCCAGGAGGAGUGGGCUUUGCUGGAUCCUUCCCAGAAGAACCUUUACAGAGAUGUGAUGUUGGAAGUCCUCAGAAACCUGGCUUCUAUAGGUAAUAAUGAUGUUUCUAAAAUUACCUUUCAUUUCUCCUCUUUAUUUAGAAAGCAUGAAAGAACUUAUUCUGGAGAGAAACUCUGUGAAUGUAAACAAGGUGGUCGAACCUUUAUUUCACACACAAGUCUUCAAAGGCACAAGAUCACACACACGGGGAAUGCACGUUUCAAAUGUAAGGUAUGUGGGAAAGACUGUGCUUAUCCCAGUUUAUUUAGAAUACAUCAGAGAACACAUACUGGAGGGAAGCCCUAUGAAUGUAAGCAGUGUGGUAAAGCCUUUGCUAAAUCCAGUUAUCUUCAAAUACAUGGAAGAACACAUACUGGAGAGAAGCUCUAUGAAUGUAAGCAAUGUGGGAAAGCCUUUGCUACUUCCCAUCAGCUUUAUAACCACGGAAGUAUACAUACCAGAGAAAAGCCCUAUGAAUGUCAACAAUGUGGAAAAGCCUUCACUACUGCCUCUUGCCUUAAGAUACACGAACGAACUCAUACUGGAGAGAAGCCCUAUGAAUGUAAGCAGUGUGGGAAAGCCUUCACUCAGUCAUCUCACCUUCACUCACAUGAACAAACUCAUACUGGAGAGAAGCCCUAUGAAUGUAAGCAGUGUGGCAAAGCCUUUGCUAUGUCUAGUAACCUUCAGAUUCAUGGAAGAGUACAUACUGGAGAGAAGCCCUAUAAAUGUCAGCAGUGUGGCAAAGCCUUUGCUAAAUCUGGUGACCUUCACAGACAUGAACGUACUCAUACUGGAGAGAAGCCCUAUGAGUGUAAGCAGUGUGGCAAAGCUUUCACUCAGUCCUCUCACCUUCACUCCCAUGAACAAAUUCAUACUGGACAGAAGCCCUAUGCAUGUAAACAGUGUGGCAAAGGCUUUGCUAGAUCCAGUGACCUUCAAAUACAUGGAAGAACACAUACUGGAGAGAAGCCCUAUGAGUGUAAACAUUGUGGCAAAGCCUUUGCUAGAUCCAGUGACCUUCACAUACACGGAAGAACUCAUACUGGAGAGAAGCCCUAUGAAUGUAAGCAGUGUGGCAAAGCGUUUGCUCAGUCUAGUCAGCUACACUCACAUGAAAAAACUCAUACUGGAGAGAAGCCCUAUGAAUGUAAGCAGUGUGGCAAAGCCUUUGCUUCAUCCCAUCAGCUUCACAAACAUGGAAGAAUACAUACCCUAUGAAUGUCAACAAUGUGGAAAAGACUUUGCCACAUCCUGUCUGUUUCACACACGUGAAAGUACACAUACUGCAGAGAAAUCGUA